AUGGCACGACCAGAAUCCAACGACCAUGCCUCCUCAUCUCCGAUCUCCUCCAUUGAGGAUUUCACCCAGACUUCUUUCGACUUUAUCGUCUGCGGCGGUGGAACAGCUGGGCUCGCCAUCGCUGCCCGUCUAAGCGAAGACUGUAGCGUAACUGUUGGCAUAAUCGAAGCAGGCAAAUACCGCAUUGAUGAUCCGCUAAUCGACACACCGGCUGCUGUAAUGCAGUUGUUCGAGAACCCUGAAUAUGACUGGUGUAUGUAUACCGCACCACAGACUGGGAACCGUGGAAAAAUCCAUCAUAUCCCUCGUGGGAAGGCAGUUGGUGGCUCUAGCGCGGUUAAUGGAAUGAUGUAUGUCCGCGGGUCGCUGCAGGAUUACGACGACUGGGCUCUUUUGGCUGGGGAUGAAGGGUGGUCAGCAAAAGCCAUGCAGCCAUACAUGCGCAAACAUCAGACUCUCGCGGCGAUCAACCCAGAUACAAUCCAAGCGUCAUCGCCCUUGGUUCACGACCACCACGGCACCACUGGUCCCAUUCAAACCAGUUUCAACGAUGUCAACCUUCCAAUCCAGGACGAUGUGAUUGAGACAGCAGCGUUGAUCACGGACCUGAAGCAACCAGAGGACGCCUGGAGCGGAGACCACAUUGGCUUCUUCCAGACCCUCGGCACUGUUUCCCGGACAGGUCCAAACAAGGGCAAGCGAAGCUACUCCGGGCGUGACUAUUAUGAACCACAUGCGUCGCGUUCGAACCUGAAACUGCUGGCUGAGGCGCGAGUAAAUAAGGUCAUUCUUGACAGCAAUAACGCCAGAGCCACGGGUGUCAUCAUUACCUUCAAUAAUAAAGAUUACAUUAUCUCCGCAAAGCGGGAGGUCAUCAUCUCCGCGGGAACAAUCCAGUCACCUCAAAUCCUAGAACUAUCAGGCAUUGGUGAUCCCGAUAUUCUCAGCGCAGCUGGGGUCGAAUGCAAAGUCGAAAAUCGCGCCAUUGGAGCCAAUGUCCAGGAUCACAGCGCCACAGUUAUUUCCUGGACAGUGAAACCGGACGUCAUAACACUCGACAGCUUCGGCUACGGCUCAAGAGCUGAGCAGGCAGUACAGGAGUACACCAAGACCCAAAGCGGCCCGUUGAGUUCAAUGACAAGUACUCAGGGGUUCCUCCCAUUGAAGCGUAUCCUGUCCGAGGAGGAGCUAAGCGAGGUAAUCGAGAGCAUCCGGGCCGUUGAGCCGACGACUCCAUUCCAUGCGCGCCAAUUACAACAGGUGAUCAAACAUCUCGAAAGCGAUACUUCAGCCAACCUACAACUUGUUCUUUUCCCUCUAACCCUGAAUCCUGAUGGAGGCAUUGAGCAUCAAGGCCGCUUCUUCAUGACACCGCCGCCGGGUCAACCAGCUGGACUGAGUGCUGCGCUCUGUCUCCAGUACCCUGUCUCCAGAAGAUACAUUCAUAUCCAGAGCAAUGACCCAUCCGAACCCCCCAUAAUCCAACCAAACUACAUCACCCACCCCGCCGACGUAACCAUCCUCGCCGCCCUGGCCCGCUGGGGCGACAAACUCGGCCGCACCGCGCCACUCGUGGACUCCAUAGCGGAACGAGCCCACCCGCACCCCUCAGUCAACCUACAGGACCUCGAACAGGGCAAAGAGGCAGUCCGCGACGUUGUCCUUGGCGAAUACCACAUCUGCGGGUCUGUUGCGCUGGGCGAUGCACUAGAAUCGCGGCUUAGGGUUAAGGGUGUGCAGGGGCUGCGUGUUGCUGAUGCGUCAGUUUUCCCGAAUAAUGUCAGUGGGAAUAUCGUCAGUAGCGUUUCUGCUGUUGCAGAGAAAGCGGCGGAUCUGAUUAAGGAAGAACAUGGGCUUGCAUUAUCGAUGCCUUCUCUUCUUUGA